AUGUUGCGGCACCUGCCUGGGGUCCAGCUCCAGCUCCUGCCGCUCUCAGAGCAGCUUCUGCCCGGAAGCCUCCGCACCCGGGACUGGUUGGGCCUGACGGCGCUGGAGCGGCUGCAGGGGCUAGGGGCGGCGCUGCCACAGUGCCGGGGGGCCCUGGCCAGGCUGGGGCUCCCAGGGGGGGACCCCGAAUUUGCACAAAGGCUGCAGGAUGUGGACUGGGACCUGCGCGACCUCGCCCACCACGUGGCCUACCAGCUGUCAGUGGCUGGGGGCCCCACUCUGUCCCCC